AUGGUUGGGAUAUGCUUCGAAGAAGUAUUUACAUCCGCGGGAGUCAAUCCACGCUCACAUUGUCUUUCUGCUUGUCGAGAAAGUGAUCAUUUUGUGUUUGCUUCUGGCGGGCAAGUUGUACUGCAGAGCUUUCCAGGAUUAAAUCAGCCUUCCUACGGAAUAAUUCAAGCAGUCUCGGAACGUCACCAUAGGGGACAAAUCACUAUAUUGAAACGGGUCUCCUUUGUAAAGCGGCAGACCGAUCAUGCACAGAAAGGGACCGAUUUGUUUGUGGCUGGAAGCUCUGAUGGAAGGGUGGUGUUGUACGAAGUGAGUACCUCUACUCCUAACAUACGUCAUCUUCUAACCUUAGAUGAUCUGAAAGCCUCUACCGGAGCAUUGUGUGGCACUUUGUGCGGAUCCAAAGGUGUAUUUGCUGCAUCAUGGGCGAGUGAUGCCUCUUCUGGGGUGCGUAUAUGGUGGCUAGAAGGGUCAGGCGCUCAAUAUUUGGUCUCUCACUCCUGUGAUAUUACCACACUUGAGAAUAUGUUCGUAUUAGCAGCAGAUGUUCAGAAUCUGUCAAAUGAUCGUAAACUAUUGGCUUUUGGCACCACCAAGAGAACUAUUGAACUCUACUAUGAAGCUCCAGGAGGCAAGACAGUUAAGCCAGCACUUUCGAUCAUUGGCCACGAAGACUGGAUUCACUCUGUAGCAUUUAACCAGUCUUCACCUAUUUUACUGGCUACCGCUGGCCAAGAUACUCAAGUGAAAUUAUGGCGUAUUGAAGAAGAAGUCGACGACAGCGACUCAUCUAAAAUAAGUGUUUCCAAGAAUUGUUUCACAAUCGAGGCUGCAAAUGCUGCAGAACAUCCUUUGUCUUUGUCGGUUGGAGUGGAAUCAGUAUUGUGUGGUCACGACGACUGGGUGCAAUCGGCAGAGUGGGAUCUCGAUGGCAGCGUUCUUGUUACAUCCUCUAGUGACAAAACUAUAAUCAUUUGGAAGGAGAUCUCGAAUGGAGAACUAUGGAGCGAUACAGUGAGAUUGGGAAUCGUUGGUGGACAGGCAGCUGGAUUCUACUGUGCAGUUUUCUCCAAAGACGCUAAACAGAUUGUUGCUUCUUCCUACUUUGGAGGGUUGUAUGCUUGGACCGCACCCAGAAUUGAGGAGGAUUCAUGGAGUGCAGCAGCUGUUUGUAGCGGUCAUGUGGGUGCAGUGCGUGAUAUAGCCUGGCAUCCUGAAGGAAAGUUCAUCGUUUCCGUCGGUGAGGACAGGACUACUAGAGUUUAUUUAUCACCAAAAAACGAAAACAGCUUUGUUGAAGUAGGCCGCCCUCAGAUCCACGGCCACAGCAUGCAAAGCGUGACUAUGGUUUCGAGAGCAGUGCUAGUUACCGGGGCUGAGGAAAAGAUAUUUCGUGUCUUUGCAGCUCCUCAAACGUUUGUGCAGAGUGUUUGUAACAUAGGAGGUUUGGAUCUCAAAGAGGUAUUUCAAGAUUAUGUGCCUGUAUUCUACGGGGCGAGAGUGCCGGCUCUGGGACUGUCCAACAAAGCAGUGGAAAAAUGCGAAGAAGUUUUGUCCACGACAAACGGCGAUACUCACUGGGAAGAAGAAUCGUUCCAGGCAUCUCCCAUAGAACUUUUCGCUGCUCCAACAGAAGAUUGUUUGCAACAGAAUACGUUGUGGCCUGAAGUCCACAAAUUAUACGGUCAUGGUUAUGAAGUGUAUGGGAUUGCUGUUAAUCCCGCUGGCUCGGUACUUGCAACGUCAUGCAAGGCCAGUCAACCUGAAGACGCCGUUAUUAUUAUGUGGGACACGUCGGACUGGGUGAAAAAGUCUGAAAUCAUAGGGCAUCAACUUACGGUUACACAACUUGAAUGGAGCCCAGAUGGCAAACUUCUGUUAAGUGUAAGCAGGGAUCGAAAAGCAAUCCUAUAUCGUGAAAGGGACGAAAACAUUAAUGGCUUCUCCUACGAAAAGUUCUGGUCUUCUGGAAAAGAACAUUGCAGGAUAAUUUGGUCAUGUAACUGGUUCUCUGACUCUAAGCAUUUUGUGACUGCUUCCAGGGAUAUGCAGGUCAUCCUCUGGGAAUGCAAUUCGUCUGGUGCAGUGUGUCUGAGCACCUUCAAGUGCCCACAACCUGCGACUAGUGUAGCUGUCGACUGCGGAAACGAAAUGAGUAGCUCCUUUAUUGCUGUUGGACUUCAAGACGGUUCUAUCCUACUUCUGAACAUCAAUGAAGAACGACUCGUCAUUGUUCACAAAUUCUUUGUGCCACCGGUUCCUGCGAAUGAAGCAGUUUUACGGUUAAGAUUCAAUCCUGCGGAUCGAAACCUGCUUGCUGUAGCUAGGAAUGACGGAAAACUCCAAAUAUUAAAGUUAAAAAGUGUGAUCUCACGGUGA